GAGAGAGAGAGAGAGAGAGAGAAGAAAGAAAAACCGGCACAUAAAAAAUGGGGGAAAAAAAGAGUGCAACCGAAAAGUCCCGAAAUUGAUCCAAAGGCAAAGGCAAAGGCAAAGCCAAAAAUGAAAUCAGAAUGUAAAAUUAAAAUGAAAUUAAAAAAAAAAAAAAAAAAAAAAAAGAAAAGAAAAGAAAAGAGGGUUUACCACCAAACAAGCCCCACUCCCCACGCCAACGCCAUCCACCCUUUCCCUUCUCUCCACUCCACCCACCCCACCCUUAGCGGCGGCUUACCAUCUCCCCCAUCACCACUCACCGCCCAAUCACCUUUCGCCAUGUCACUACUUCCCUACGCCCCACGCGCACUUUAUCACCUCCCUCCCCCGGCGCACCUUAGCCCUCCCCCCUUAGCGGUGGCCUCUUCCUCUAAAUCCUCCUCCUCCUUCCCUUUCUUCUUCUCUCUCUCCGCCGCUCCCUCUCUCUCCUCUUCAGAUCUACGCUUUUCCCUUUCCGAUCUCUCUCCAGAUCUCUCAUGGUUUCCUCUCCCAUGGCUUCUCCUUCUUCUCCCAUCGAUGGAUCUCCUCCUUCUUCUUCUCAUCCAUCUAACCCCCUUCAGGCUCUUACCCUUUCUGCUCCUUUGCCUCCUCCCUCCAAUCCACCGCCGCAGGCUACGGCUUCCUCUCGCCGUCUUCCGCCUCCCUGCUGGUCUCAUGAAGAGACGAUUGCUUUAAUUGAUUCUUAUAGGGAUAAGUGGUAUUCUCUUCGUCGGGGGAAUCUCAAGGCUACUCACUGGCAGGAUGUUGCCGAUUCUGUUUCUCAUCGAUGUCCUAAUGCAUCGCCGCCGAAGACCGCCGUGCAGUGUCGUCAUAAGAUGGAGAAGCUUCGUAAACGGUACCGUACGGAGCUUCAACGGGCUAGGUCUAUGCCGCUUUCGCGAUUUACGUCUUCGUGGGUUCAUUUUAAGCGGAUGGAUGCUAUGGAGAAAGGACCGUCUGCGAAACCGGAGGAAUCAGAUAGCGGUGGGGAGGAGGAGGAGGAAGAGGAGGAAGAUGAUCAGGAACUUUAUGAAGAGUUUAGGAAUGCUGGGGCUUCGGGGACUCGGAGUGUGAGGAAAUUGUAUGGGAAUGGAAUGAACAGUGGUGGUGGUGGUGGUGGUGGUGGAAGUGGUGGAGAUGUAGCCGCUGCUGCCGCCGGUGGGUUUCGGAUUCGAAUUCCGACUGGUGUGAGUAUUGCGCAACCAGGGUUAAAAAGUUAUCCGAAAGCUGAACAAAAGAUGAACCCUAAUUCAAAUCCGGUUUCAGGGUUGAACCCUGCCGCCGUUAAUUUUGGGACUAGAGUUGUGAGGGAGUCGAAUCCGGUGAGGCCGGUGACAGGGAAGAGAGGGGAAAGGGAAAGGGAACGAGAUCCAGUUGCAGAGAUGGUGUCCGCCAUUAAAACUUUGGGAGAUGGGUUUGUGAGAAUGGAGAGGAUGAAGAUGGAAAUGGCUAGAGAGAUCGAAGCUAUGAGAAUGGAGAUGGAGAUUAAACGAACAGAAAUGAUUCUGGAUUCACAGCAGCGGAUUGUGGAGGCUUUUGCUAAGGCAGUUACUGAAAACAAGAAGAAAACCAAGAGAAUCCCAUCUCCUGAAGCCUAAAAUGGCUUCGUUUUCCUCCAUUUUUGGGCUCAAUCUGCUUAAAUUCCAAAUGGAGUUUCUUCAUUCUUCUCAGAAUGAUCAUAGUUAGGUUCUUUCUCUAGACUUUUGUUGUUUUUGUUCCACUUUUUUCUUCUUUAUCUACAUUGUUCUCUACAUCUUUGACUGAAUUAGCUAGAUUGUUAUUGUCUAAUCAAUGUAGCCAUAUAAAAAAGAACUUUGGUAAAUUUUCACAAUAUAGAGGUAAAUUAUUCAGUUUGUUUCAA